UGAAAGAAAAGUUCUAAUCCUACUAUAUAUUAAAAAAAAGAUCCCUUUAAUAUUUUUUGCGUAUGUAUUAUUCAUAAGAGAACUCUCUAAUUAAUUAUAUCAAUUUGAUUUAUUAAUGAUUUUUUAUUUAUUUAAUUCAGUUUAAAAGUAAAAUCAAAUAAAUAAAAGAACUCUCCAAUUAAUUAUCUUAACUAGGUGUUUGUCUUCAAUUGUGGAGAUAAUAAUAUUAUACUAAGAAAUAUAUAUUAUGUUUACGAUGUUAUAAUUUUAUGAAUAAUAAUUACAAAAUUAAAAAAUUUAACUUCAAAUAGUUUGAUAAUCAAAAUUUCAGUAUAUAUUUUAGAAGCGCUGUGAGAUUUAUGAUUGUUCAACAACAUAAGUCUAAGCCAUUAAAAAGGUUUCUCUUCCAUAGAAACAAUAUCAUAAUUAUUCCAGAUAAUUGAUUUUAGAAUUACCAUAUUUUAUUUUAACACGUGAAAAUAUGGAAAUACCGUACCUUUCAAGAAAAAAAUGUUUUUUUUUGUGAAGCUCCAAGAUGACGGUUAGAAGCUUCUAUAGUUCUGACAUCGACUUUGCUAAUUUGUUUUAGUUAUGUUUCUUUGAUUUGUUUGAUUUUUCAGUUUAUUUUAAAUUUAACAAAAAAAGUAGUUGUUUUAUGUGUUUCUUUCAAAAGAUUUUGGAAAACAAAAUUUUUGGGUAAAAAUAAUUGCAUAUUAUAUUUUUAGAUAUGAAUAAGAUAUUCAAAUCUAAAAAUUGCAGAUAAUUGAUUGUGGAAUUACUUUUUAUUUUAGCACUGAUAAAAAUUAAUCAAAUUCUAAAAUCAUUUUGCUAAAAAAAAAUCUAAAAUCAUCAACUAUUGAAAUUGUAACAAUUUCUUAAGAUUUCACACCUACGAACGUGUAACCAAAAAUCAUUUAAAUAAUUAUUUUUGAAAUAUAAGUAUGAUAUAAUUUUAUAUGAUUUAAGGAAAAUUAAAAAACAGUCGGGCGCACGUGAUUUUGUUGCCGCUCACGUACGUCCGCCCCUGCAUACAACACAAACUCACUGGGUUUAAACGAUCCUCCCGUUUAGGGACAUGCAGGCUAUAUUGUUUGUAAAUCUUAAGCAAUAAUUGGAUGGCCACGCAAAGAAUUACCCAUAAAGGUUUAUACUUUCUCAGAUUCAUUUAAUACAUUAAAAUAUAGAAAUAAUAAUACUUAACUCGGAAAUUGGCUUGACAAGUAUGACGUCAAUAGCCCUUUAUUAAAAGAAAAAGUAUGACGUCGAUAUGUAUUGGUGGGGGAGACGAAGCUGUUGCUAAUGGGUGGCAUAUUUCAAUAAUAGUAUUCAAUAAUAGUAAAACUAUUACGAUGUCCUUUUUUGUAUUUUGUCAUUUUAUGCAGUGCCGUCCGAACGGUUUACGGAGCCAAGGCAAAUUUCUUUUAAUGUUCUUUUCAUGAAUUUGUGUGUGUGUGUGUGUGUGUGUUUGCAAAUAAAUGAAUGGUAGAUUCGCAACUUUGUGCACUUUAUGUCGUGUUCGCUUAAACCCCAAAUUAUGAGUGUGUCUACUUGUAAUUGCAGUAGUGGAAUUUUUAAUUGUGUGUGUGUGUGUCUGUUGAUUAUUAUAAAAACUAGCAUUGGUUAACUUAAUUUAUGUGUUGAUCUAUAUAACAAACUAAAUAAUAUCGUGAUGUGGCCAUUGUUCCUGGAGUUUUCUUGGAGAUAUUUUUUUUUGCUUUCAGAUUCGGACUACACUGUUAUCCAGUCCACCAAAUACUGAAACUAAAAACCGUUCAAACUUUAAAUUAUUUAAUCUUUAAAUCAUUUUAUUUUUUCUUUUCUAUUGAGUUUUAUUUUAUUUCUCUUAACUUUUUCCUUUUUUAAAAAAAAAGUUUCUAGUUGUGUUAAAUCGACGUAAAAGGCGAUUACAUUUAAUGGAAGUGGAAGAAAAGUUGCCAAAACAAACAUUAUAGACCUUAGCGUAUGCCAGUCUUAUUUUAACCUCUCAAAUUUGCUGUCAAACCUUAAAGUCUUAAACCCCUAUAAUUUACACACUGAUCUCCAUGUUUCAAGAAUCUUGUUUUGAAUAGACACGAAUCUUAAAAUCAGCAAGUCGUUGACUCUGCAAUCCUCACAUGUACUAAGUAAGUAUCUGUGUCUUUAGCACCAUAAAAAAAUUACAACAUCUUGGGUUAGAUCCAGUUCUUGAGUCUUGAAACAGGAUUAUGUUCUUUUGAGCUCCUGAACUAUUAGAAAUGGUGGAUGGAUACAGGAACCAAGCUCCUGAGAAGCUUCAGGGGAAGUAUCAAGCAAUGGUGGUUUGCUGUAUUCUUGGAAUCGGAGGUCUUGUCUCUUGGAACAGUAUGCUCACUAUUGCAGAUUACUACUACCAAGUUUUCCCGGCCUAUCAUCCUUCAAGGGUUCUACCACUUAUAUACCAACCAUUUGCGGUUGCAACAAUCGCCAUUCUCGCAUACCACGAAUCAAAGAUCAAUACUCGAAAACGAAUCCUAAUUGGUUACACCUUAUUCACAAUAUCCACGUUUUUGCUCAUAGUCUUGGAUUUGACCACAAAAGGACACGGUGGAAUCGGUCCUUAUAUCGGUUUAUGUACAAUCGUUGCUUCAUUUGGUAUCGCGGACGCUACUGUUAAAGGAGGACUGGUCGGUGAUUUAUCUUUGAUGUGCCCUGAAAUCAUGCAGUCUCUCAUGGCCGGCUCGGCUCUAGCUGGAGGUCUAACCACAGCGCUUAGGCUUAUAACUAAAGCAGUCUUCGAGAAAUCAAACGGCAGUCUAAGAAAAGGAGCAAUGAUAUUCUUAGCGAUUUCAACGUUCAUAGAGUUGCUCUGUGUGAUACUGUACGCUUACAUAUUCCCAAAACUACCCAUUGUUAAGUAUUACCGCAGCAAAGCAGCUUCAGAAGGAUCCAAAACUGUUGCUGCUGAUCUUGCUGCUGCUGGUAUCCAGAAUCAAUCAGAUUUGACUAAUGAUUAUUCCAAGAAUCAAAGGCUAAGCAAAAAAGAGCUAUUGCUUCAAAACAUAGACCAUGCAGUGAAUCUAUUUCUCAUCUAUGUUUUGACAUUAUCCAUUUUUCCCGGGUUCUUAUACGAGAACACGGGACAACACGGGUUAGGCACUUGGUAUGCGCUUAUCCUAGUCGCAGUCUACAAUUUUUGGGACUUGGUCGGGAGAUACUUUCCGCUGGUGAAAUGGCUGAACCUUGAGAAUAGAAAAGCUCUAACCAUUGUGGUUUUGUCCCGUUAUUUUCUCGUUCCGGCUUUCUACUUCACCGCAAAAUAUGGUGAUAAAGGAUGGAUGAUAAUGCUCAUUUCUGUUUUGGGAUUAACUACUGGACAUCUCACUGUUUGCAUCAUCACUAUAGCUCCCAAAGGAUACAUGGGUCCGGAGAAGAAUGCGUUGGGGAAUUUGCUGGUGACUUUUAUACUAGGAGGGGCAUUUACAGGAAUUUCAUUAGGUUGGCUAUGGCUUGUUGGUAAGAAAAAUGCUUUAUGAAUUUUCAUCGACAAUUAUUCGCAUGUGAACUUAUUUGGCUUUACCCACUUCAAUUUGUAGACAAACUUUAAUAAUGAACUAGAUGAUAACCCGCGCGCAUACGCGCGGAGUGAGUUCUUAUAAUAAUGAUUGUUUAUGAAAUGAUUUUAACAUUUUGCAA